GGCCACUUGGAGAGAUAGCUGCUGCUGUACCAGUUGCUGAUCUUUAUCUCAUUAGAUGGUCAGUUAGCUCCAUCUAGUGGACAGAUAGUAGAAGUCCAUCAUCUGAUGGGGGACUUCUCUGACACUGACUGGGUGUGUGGACAGGUUGGACUGGUUCUGACGUCUCUCUGACUCUGAAGCUAUGAACUGUGACGGCGUCUUCAGAUCAAAUGCACAUGGACACCAGGACUGACGAGGGCCAAUGAGCAGCUUCUUCUCUCCCAGUGUUUCCUCGACACAUGAAGGAGGAAAGUGUCUGGAAAGGGACCUGAAGAGACUUCAGCAGGUUGGACUGGUUCUGACGUCUCUCUGACUCUGAAGUUAUGAACUGUGACGGCGUCUUCAGAUCAAAUGCACAUGGACACCAGGACUGACGAGGGCCAAUGAGCAGCUUCUUCUCUCCCAGUGUUUCCUCGACACAUGAAGGAGGAAAGUGUCUGGAAAGUGACCUGAAGAGACUUCAGCAGCAGGUGAGGACUCUGCUAUGAGUCAGGGUGAGGACAGAGAGGAGGGAGCCCCUCCCUCUAAAACCACUCUGUGUGGGGACCAUGACAGCCAGACCAAAGCUCAGAGGAUGCAGCAGCAGAAACCAGGACCUGAACCCAGCUGUGUGUCCAUGAAGAGUGACCGGUCUAUGCGUCCUCCUAUUCAGUUUAAAGAUGGACAAGCUGUUGAUGAAAGGAUGCAGCAACAGAAACCUGGACCUGAACCCAGCUGUGUGUCCAUGAAGAGUGACCGGUCUAUGCGUCCUCCUAUUCAGUUUAAAGAUGGACAAGUUCUUGAUGAAAGUCUGCAGCAGAGACCUGAACUUGAACCCAGCUGUGUGUCCAUGAAGAGGUCUAUGGAUCAUCUUAUUUCCUUUAAAGAUGAACAAGCUGCUGUUGGAAGAGUUCAACGGGAGAGCUCAGAGGGCCUCGAUGGUCAGUCUGCCCAGCUGCAUCAAACAGACCAGGACUCCAUAUUUAUGCUGCUGGAGGAGAACAUCGUCACCUUUGUGAAGAACGAACUGAAGAAGAUCCAGAAGGUUCUGAAUCCAGAUUACCCAGAAUUCUUAGAGAGUCAGAAUAAGGCUGAGGAUGUGUUGGACGGUGAGGAUGAGGAGAGUAGGAGCAGCAGAGAUGCAUUUCUGAAGAUCACACUGCACUUCCUGAGGAGAAUGGAGCAGGAGGAGCUGGCUGACCGUCUGCAGAACAGAACUCGUGUUGCAGUGUGCCGCCCUAAAUUCAAGUCCAACCUGGAGAAGAAGUUCCAGUGUGUGUUUGAGGGGAUUGCUAAAGCAGGAAACCCAACUGUUCUGAAUAAGAUGUUCACAGAGAUCUACCUCACUGAUGGAGGUACUUUAAAGGUCAAUGAAGAACAUGAGGUCAGACAGAUUGAAAUAGCAUCUAGGAAACCAGACAGACCAGAAACAAUAAUCAGAUGUGAAGACAUCUUUAAAACUCCACCUGGAAGAGAUGAACCAAUCAGAACCGUGAUGACAAAGGGAGUGGCUGGCAUCGGGAAAACAGUCUUAACACAGAAGUUCACUCUGGACUGGGCUGCAGGCAAAGCCAACCAGUACAUCCAGUUCAUAUUUCCAUUCACUUUCAGAGAGCUGAAUGUGCUGAAAGAGAAAAUGUACAGCUUGGUGGAACUUGUUGAUCACUUCUUCAGUGAAACCGAAGAAGCAGGGAUCUGCAGCUUUGAAAGUGUUCCGGUUGUGUUCAUCUUUGACGGUCUGGAUGAGUGUCGACUUCCUCUGGACUUCCACAACACUGAGAUCCUGACUGAUGUUACAGAGUCCACCUCAGUGGGUGUGCUGCUGACAAACCUCAUCAGGGGGAAACUGCUUCCCUCUGCUCGCGUCUGGAUAACCACACGACCUGCAGCAGCCAAUCAGAUCCCUCCUGAGUGUGUUGACAUGGUGACAGAGAUCAGAGGAUUCACUGACCUACAGAAGGAGGAGUACUUCAGUAAGAGAUUCAGAGAUGAAGAGCAGGCCAGCAAAAUCUACUCCUACAUUAGGGCAUCACGAAGUCUUCACAUUAUGUGUCACAUCCCAGUCUUCUGCUGGAUCACUGCUACAGUUCUGGAGAAGGUGUUGAAGACCAGAGGGGGAGGAGAGCUGCCCAAGACCCUCACUGAGAUGUACAUCCACUUCCUGGUGGUUCAGUCCAAACUGAAGAACAUCAAAUAUCAUGGAAAAUCUGAGAUAGAUCAACACUGGAGUCCAGAGACCAUGAAGACGAUUGAGUCUCUGGGAAAACUGGCUUUUGAGCAGCUGCAGAAAGGCAACCUGAUCUUCUAUGAAUCAGACCUGACAGAGUGUGGAAUCGAUAUAAGAUCAGCCUCAGUGUACUCGGGAGUGUUCACACAGAUCUUUAAAGAGGAGAGUGGACUGUACCAGGACAAGGUAUUCUGUUUCAUCCAUCUGAGUGUUCAGGAGUUCCUGGCUGCUCUUCAUGUCCAUCUGACAUUCAUCAACUCUGGAGUCAACCUGCUGGCAGAAGAAGAAUCAAUAUCCCAGAAGACUGAAACCAGAGAAGAUAGAUCUGCACAGUUCUAUCACAGUGCUGUGGACAAGGCCUUACAGAGUCCAAAUGGACACCUGGACUUGUUCCUCCGCUUCCUCUUGGGUCUUUCACUAGAGACCAAUCAGACUUUACUACGAGGUCUGAUGACACAGACAGGAAGUAGCUCCCAGACCAAUCAGAAAACAGUUGAGUACAUCAAGACAAAGAUCAGUGAGGAUCUGUCUGCAGAGAGAAGCAUCAAUCUGUUCCACUGUCUGAAUGAACUGAAUGAUGGUUCUCUAGUGGAGGAGAUCCAACAGGCCCUGAGUUCAGGAAGUCUCUCCACAGAUGAACUGUCUCCUGCUCAGUGGUCAGCUCUGGUCUUCAUCUUACUGUCAUCAGAAAAAGAUCUGGACAUGUUUGACCUGAAGAAAUACUCUGCUUCAGAGGAGGCUCUUCUGAGGCUGCUGCCAGUGGUCAAAGCCUCCAACAAAGCUCGGUAUGUGCACAUAACUAUCCAGAUUAAAUUAAAGCUGGACCUGAGCUACAAUAAUCCAGGAGAUGCAGGAGUGAAGCUGCUGUCAGAUGGAGUUAAGGAUCCAAACUGGAGACUGGACACUCUCAGGGUGGAACCUGGUGGACCACAGAAUCUGAGACCUGGUGUGAGGAAGUAUGUCUGUGAACUGGAACUGGACACAAACACAGUACACAGAGAGCUCAAACUGUCUGACAACAACAGGAAGGUGACAAAUGUGAAGGAGAAUCAGUCAUAUCCUGAUCAUCCAGACAGAUUUGACUACUGUUUUCAGCUGCUGUGUAGAAAUUAUCUGAAUGGUCGCUGUUACUGGGAGGUCGAGAGGAGAGGAAAGCUUUCUAUAGCAGUGAGUUACAGAGGAAUCAGCAGUAAAGGAAACAGUGAUGACUGUAAAUUUGGAUGUAAUGAUCAGUCCUGGAGACUGUUCUGCUCUGAUGAUGGUCGUUACUCUGUCAGACACAAUAAUAGAAAAACACGCAUUUCCACCACUGUCUCUAACAGAGUAGGAGUGUAUGUGGACGUUCCUGCUGGCACUUUGUCCUUCUACACAGUCUCCUCUGACUCACUGAUCCACCUCCACACCUUCAACACCACAUUCACUCAACCUGUUUAUCCUGGGUUUUGGCUCUCGUGUGGUUCCUCAGUGUCUCUGUGUCCUCUGCAGGACUGAGAGUCUCUCCUGUGGACAGAAACACUGACUGAAGAUCAGCUGCUGAAAUCAAAGUUCAGUCUGUUCACCAUCACACACACUCUGCACUGUGAAGCAGAUCUGAGACUCAAACACAAAAACAUUCAUCUGAUUUCAUCUCUGGUACCCCUUUUCCACCAAGACAGAGCUGGUGCUGGUUCGGAGCCAGAGCCUAGUUUCAAAUCGGUUCUUUGUUUUUCGACCACCAAAGCACCAGCUCCGAACCAGUAAAAGUGGUUCUUAAGUAGCACCAAAUCAUUGCUUGGCCAGAAGUAAGAACCGCUUACGUCAGCGGCUGGGGGAGGGGUUACCGUGACCAACAAGACACGAUGGACGCGAUUAAACAAAAACAGCAGUGGUCAGAGGAGGAAAAAAAGCUGCUUUCUUGCACUAUAAAGGCGAGCCGCGCGAACACGUUGGAUCCGCUGAGUUUGGAUGCCGAUGUAGGUCCGCAAAGCCAUGAACAUCAAUAGCAAAGCAAUGUCCGCCAUUGUUGAUGGUGUGUUUGUGUUUGGCGCUGCCCUGCUAACGUUGCUGGGAAAGAGGAGACAUAUACAGUGAUGUGAGACCUGGGUCUGUGCCGGCUCUUUAGCCUGUGGAAAAGCAAACCGGUUCUUUGGAGGCUCGGCAGUCGAACCAAUUCUGAACCGGCACUAGCUCUGAACCAGCACCUGGUUCUUGUUGGUGGAAAAGGGGUAUUAUCAACAUUUGAACGGUUGGACUAAAAACAUAACAUCUAAAAAAUAAUCAACUGUUAUACUGUAGGUUACUAUUAUGUCCUUUAUCAUUUGAAUCAUAUUGUAAUUUAUUUAAAAUUUGGAAAGAAAAUGUUUCUAUAAACAAUCAUGUAGUCUAAUGUUUCUAAGUGCUUUUAAUAAAAUCUAGUAUGGAAGAAAUCUGGAAGAAUGAGCAAAAACUCUCCAACUUGUUGAAAACAAGAAAGCUCUUAAACUGUUUUCAUGUUUAGCUGAGUUGAAAUGAAUGUAAGAUAGCGCUGCCUUUAUGUUUGUAUUUCUGUUUAAUAUUUUAGUUUUGUCACUUUUUAUUCCAGUUUGAUUUGGUCUCAACCUGAGGCAGAUUAUUGUAAUGAGUAAUACAUCAACAUGUGUCUUGUUUGCUCGUUCUCAUCUUUUUAAUAAAAAUACAUUUAAACCUU